UUUGCUUGGCUGGGAUUGAACCUAGGACUUCACAGAUGGUAGGCAAAUGUUCUACCACUGGACUAUAACACAUCUUGUUCAUAGUCCUUGCCAUUGGUGCCAUUAGAGUGUGUACUUACUGUUUGUUUUCUUGCAAUGGGGAUUUUGUGAGUAUAAGUAUAAGUAUUGCUUUGCUCAUUAUUGCAUGCUGUAUGUGCCUAAUAAAUAUUUAUUGACUGAGUAAAAGUGACCAUCAGAUUUAUGUUCAGUUUGAGGGCUUCAGAAUAGUUUUGUAUUGCUUACAAUAUCUUAAUUAUGUAGUUAAGUACACCAAACUUAAUGAUUUAAAAUUACUAAGUAUCUUAUUCUCACUUUUUUUCGUAUUUCUCAUCUGGGUUAAGAGCAGUACUUUAAUUGGGCCAAAUCAGAUGCCCUGAAGCCAUCUUAUCCUUGUUUCUUGUCCUUGUGGAUGGUGGUACUGAUUUCUGUUUCUGAAAUACUUUUAAAGUCUGGUGCUUUGUAUCUGCUGCCAUACUUUACUCAGGGCCUUGUUUCUGUUGGAUGAUUGGAUAGUUUUAUAACAACUCCUCCAUAAGUUCUAUCUUUUCCCAACCUCUUCUCUUUCCUGCAGCAAACACAUUUUCUGAAAAGUCAAUAGUAACUUCCCAAAUGGGAACCUUCUGAUAACUUAAGGGAAAUUCUCCAAAAUGUGGCCAAAUUGCAAGGGGUAUCAAAUAUGAGAAAGUUGGGCCAUCUGAAUAACUUCACUAAGCUUCUUUGUGAUAUUGGCCAUAGUGAAGAAAAAUUGGGCUUUAAUUAUGAAGACAUCAUAAUUUGUUUGCGCUUAGCUUUAUUAAACGAAGCAAAGGAAGUGAGAGCAGCUGGGUUGCGAGCGCUGCGCUAUCUCAUCCAAGAUUCCAGUAUUCUGCAGAAGGUGCUAAAAUUGAAAGUGGACUAUUUAAUAGCUAGGUGCAUUGACAUCCAGCAGAGCAAUGAGGUGGAGAGGACACAAGCACUUCGCUUAGUCAGAAAGAUGAUUACUGUGAAUGCUUCCUUGUUUCCUAGUUCUGUGGCCAACUCAUUAAUUGCAGUUGGAAAUGAUGGACUUCAAGAGAGAGACAGAAUGGUCCGGGCAUGCAUUGCCAUUAUCUGUGAACUAGCACUUCAGAACCCAGAGGUGGUAGCCCUUCGAGGCGGACUAAACACCAUCCUGAAAAAUGUGAUUGAUUGCCAGUUAAGUCGAAUAAAUGAGGCUCUCAUUACUACAAUUUUGCACCUUCUUAAUCAUCCAAAGACCCGACAGUAUGUGCGAGCUGAUGUAGAAUUAGAGCGAAUUUUAGCACCCUAUACUGAUUUCCACUACAGACACAGUCCGGAUACAGCUGAAGGACAGCUCAAAGAAGACAGAGAAGCACGAUUUCUAGCCAGUAAAAUGGGAAUCAUUGCAACAUUCCGCUCAUGGGCAGGUAUUAUUAAUUUAUGUAAACCUGGGAACUCUGGGAUCCAGUCUCUAAUUGGAGUACUUUGCAUACCAAAUAUGGAAAUAAGGCGAGGUCUGCUUGAAGUGCUCUAUGAUAUAUUUCGUCUCCCUCUACCUGUUGUGACAGAUGAGUUCAUAGAAGCCCUGCUCAGUGUAGAUCCAGGAAGGUUCCAGGACAGUUGGAGGCUUUCAGAUGGCUUUGUAGCAGCUGAGGCAAAAACCAUUCUUCCCCAUCGUGCUAGAUCCAGGCCAGACCUCAUGGAUAAUUAUUUGGCACUGAUACUUUCUGCAUUUAUUCGUAAUGGACUUUUAGAGGGCUUGGUUGAAGUGAUAACAAACAGUGAUGACCACAUCUCAGUUAGAGCGACCAUUCUUUUAGGAGAGCUCUUACAUAUGGCAAACACAAUUCUUCCACAUUCGCAUAGCCAUCAUUUGCACUGCUUGCCAACCCUUAUGAAUAUGGCUGCAUCAUUCGAUAUUCCCAAGGAAAAGAGACUUCGAGCCAGUGCAGCUCUGAACUGUUUAAAACGCUUCCAUGAAAUGAAGAAGCGAGGACCUAAGCCUUACAGCCUUCAUUUAGAUUACAUCAUUCAGAAAGCCAUUGCAACACACCAGAAACGGGAUCACUACCUUCGAGUUCAGAAAGAUAUAUUUGUUCUCAAGGACACAGAAGAAGCUCUUCUAAUAAACCUUAGGGAUAGCCAAGUCCUUCAACAUAAAGAAAAUCUCGAAUGGAAUUGGAAUCUCAUUGGGACCAUUCUUAAGUGGCCAAAUGUAAAUCUAAGAAACUAUAAGGAUGAACAGUUGCACAGGUUCGUGCGUAGACUUCUUUAUUUUUACAAGCCCAGCAGUAAACUGUAUGCUAGUCUGGAUCUGGAUUUUGCCAAGUCCAAGCAGCUCACAGUUGUCGGUUGUCAGUUUACAGAGUUUCUUCUUGAGUCUGAAGAGGAUGGGCAGGGAUACUUAGAAGAUCUCGUGAAAGAUAUUGUUCAGUGGCUCAAUGCAUCAUCUGGGAUGAAACCUGAGCGAAGCCUUCAGAACAAUGGUUUGCUGACCACCCUUAGUCAACACUACUUCUUAUUCAUUGGAACACUCUCCUGUCAUCCUCAUGGUGUUAAAAUGCUGGAAAAAUGCAGUGUCUUUCAGUGUCUUCUUAAUCUUUGCUCCUUGAAAAACCAAGAUCACCUGCUGAAACUCACUGUUUCUAGCCUAGACUAUAGCAGAGAUGGAUUAGCCAGAGUGAUUCUUUCAAAAAUUCUCACAGCAGCUACUGAUGCCUGCAGACUGUAUGCAACAAAACAUUUAAGGGUUUUAUUGAGAGCUAAUGUUGAAUUCUUCAACAAUUGGGGAAUUGAGUUACUAGUGACUCAGCUACAUGAUAAAAACAAAACAAUUUCUUCUGAAGCGCUGGAUAUCCUUGAUGAAGCUUGUGAAGACAAGGCCAAUCUUCAUGCUCUUAUUCAGAUGAAACCAGCCUUAUCCCACCUUGGAGACAAGGGCUUGCUUCUCCUCCUGAGAUUUCUCUCCAUUCCAAAAGGAUUUUCCUACCUGAAUGAAAGGGGUUAUGUAGCAAAACAAUUGGAAAAAUGGCACAAGGAAUAUAAUUCAAAGUACGUUGACUUGAUUGAGGAACAACUUAAUGAAGCACUCACUACAUACAGGAAGCCGAUUGACGGUGAUAACUAUGUUCGUCGGAGUAACCAAAGAUUACAACGACCUCAUGUCUAUCUGCCUGUACACCUUUACGGACAACUGGUACACCACAAAACAGGCUGCCAUUUACUGGAAGUACAGAAUGUCAUCACAGAACUCUGUCACAGUGUUCGUACUCCAGACUUGGAUAAAUGGGAAGAAAUUAAAAAACUGAAAGCCUCUCUUUGGGCCCUGGGAAAUAUUGGCUCAUCGAAUUGGGGGCUUAAUUUGCUACAGGAAGAAAAUGUGAUUCCAGAUAUACUAAAACUUGCAAAACAGUGUGAGGUUCUUUCCAUCAGAGGGACCUGUGUAUAUGUUCUUGGGCUCAUAGCUAAAACCAAGCAAGGCUGUGAUAUUCUAAAAUGUCAUAGCUGGGAUUCUGUGAGGCACAGUCGCAAGCAUCUGUGGCCAGUGGUUCCAGAUGAUGUAGAACAGCUCUGCAAUGAGCUCUCAUCUGUCCCAAGCACCCUCAGUUUGAACUCUGAGUCAACCAGCUCUAGACAUAACAGUGAAAGUGAAUCUACACCAUCAAGCAUGUUCAUACUGGAGGAUGAGCGGUUCGGCAGCAGCUCCACCAGUACAUUUUUCCUGGACAUCAAUGAAGAUGGUGAGCCAGCAUUUUAUGACCGACCUGGACCCAUAAAGGAUAAAAACUCAUUUCCCUUUUUUGCCUCCAGCAAACUUGUAAAGAAUCGUAUCUUAAAUUCACUUACUUUGCCCAAUAAAAAACAUCGCAGUAGUAGUGAUCCAAAAGGAGGUAAACUGUCAUCUGAAAAUAAGACAAGCAACCGGCGAAUCAGAACACUUACAGAGCCCAGUGUUGACUUUAACCACAGUGAUGACUUCACCCCUAUCUCCACAGCACAGAAAACAUUACAGCUGGAAACUUCCUUUGUUGGGAAUAAGCACCUUGAAGACACUGGCAGCACUCCAAGUAUUGGAGAGAAUGACUUAAAAUUCCCCAAGAGUUUUGGUACAGAGAAUCACAGAGAAAACACAAGCCGAGAAAGGUUGGUUGUAGAAAGCUCAACAAGCUCACAUAUGAAGAUCCGCAGCCAAAGCUUUAACACAGACACUACAACAAGUGGCAUAAGUUCAAUGAGCUCAAGUCCCUCUCGAGAGACAGUUGGUGUAGACCCUACAACUAUGGACACGGACUGUGGAAGUAUGAGUACUGUGGUAAGUACUAAAACUGUUAAGACAAGCCACUACUUGACACCACAGUCUAACCAUCUGUCUCUCUCCAAAUCGAACUCAGUGUCCCUGGUACCACCAGGUUCUUCUCAUACACUUCCUAGAAGAGCACAGUCCCUUAAAGCACCCUCCAUAGCAACAAUAAAAAGUCUAGCGGAUUGCAACUUUAGCUACACAAGUUCUCGAGAUGCCUUCGGCUAUGCUACAUUGAAAAGACUGCAGCAGCAAAGAAUGCACCCAUCCUUAUCGCACUCCGAAGCUUUGGCAUCUCCAGCAAAAGACGUACUGUUUACUGACACCAUCACCAUGAAGGCUAACAGUUUUGAGUCCAGACUGACGCCAAGCAGGAUCGAUUUUAAAAAGAAGCAUGUCGGGGGAAUCAGGAGCUUAAGACCUACCGUAACAAACAACCUUUUCAGGUUUAUGAAAGCUUUAAGUUAUGCAUCAUUAGAUAAAGAAGAUUUAUUAAGUCCUAUUAAUCAAAAUACCCUGCAGCGAUCCUCCUCUGUUAGGUCCAUGGUAUCCAGUGCUACAUACGGAGGUUCUGAUGACUACAUUGGACUUGCUCUUCCAGUAGACAUCAAUGAUAUAUUCCAGGUAAAAGAUAUUCCUUAUUUUCAGUCAAAGCAUGUGCCUCCUCCAGAUGACCGAGGUGCAAGAGUGUUUCCCCACGAUGCAGGAGGUCUUCCAUCUGGAACUGGUGGUCUUGUAAAAAAUUCUUUUCACUUGCUACGUCAGCAGAUGAGUCUUACGGAAAUAAUGAACUCUGUCCAUUCGGAUGCUUCUCUGUUUUUAGAGAGCACAGAAGACACUGGACUGCAGGAGCACACAGAUGACAAUUGCCUUUACUGUGUCUGCAUUGAAAUUCUGGGCUUCCAACCCAGUAACCAGCUCAGUUCGAUAUGUAGUCACUCAGACCUUCAGGAUAUUCCAUAUUCUGAUUGGUGUGAGCAGACGAUCCACAAUCCUUUAGAAACGGUUCCUUCGAAGUUCUCGGGGAUUUCUGGGUGCAGCGAUGGUGCAUCUCAAGAAGGCUCAGCCAGCAGCACCAAAAGCACAGAGCUGCUUUUGGGUGAAUCAUCAGGUGUGAAAACCAUUCCAGAUGAUACACCAAUGUGCCGUAUCCUGCUUCGUAAAGAAGUGCUAAGAUUAGUCAUUAAUUUGAGUAGUUCAGUUUCUACCAAGUGUCAUGAAACAGGGCUUUUGACGAUUAAAGAGAAGUAUCCUCAAACAUUUGAUGACAUAUGCCUUUAUUCUGAAGUUUCUCAUUUGUUGUCACACUGCACAUUUAGACUUCCAUGCCGGAGGUUCAUACAAGAGUUAUUUCAGGAUGUACAAUUUUUACAAAUGCAUGAAGAAGCAGAGGCUGUGUUGGCAAUUCCACCAAAACAACCUGUAGUUGAUGAAUCUGACGAAUCCUGACCUCAUAUUUAUGAUGUUUAUAGCUAGAAACUAUAUAUUUAUCCAUCCUUGUGGAUUUCCUAAAGGCCUCACAAAAUACUGACUGGCUGUCAGCGAGACAGGAGUAUCUUCUGACGCUGUCCCAGCAGUCACUGGUACAGAACAGCUGUAGCUGCUGACGUCCCUAACCAAGCCAACUUCCUCUUCCCUGUUGGAGAUUCAUUACCACAAUUUUAAUUCAGUUACUAUCAUAUGCAAGAGCCAAGCACUGAAUACCUACAUAGGUUUUCUAUUUUUUUAAUUUGAAAAGCAUAAUGGCAGUGGAACAAAAACAGGACAUGAAGAAGCACCCUUCACACAGUUAUUUCUGAAUGCUUCUUAAUUAAGGGUAAAUCUAAAAGAUGCCUUGUUUGUUAACUAAUUCAUGGAAACCAGGAGUCACCAUCUCUGAGGCUGCAUCCUGUUAUCUCGUAGGCUGUGAUGUAACUGCUGGGAUCAGAGGGCUUUGUUGGCCCUUCCACAUUUCCUUAAUGUUGUAACACUACUUCAGAGGUUUCUGACCUCAGAGCAAAAGAAGAGCCUCACCAAUUGGAACUGAAAGGUUAUUUUAUGUUGCUAGACUGCAUAAAGAUGCUUAUUUGUCUCCAUCUCUUCAGGUUUGUUGCAAUACGUUGUUGAAAGUUACUUGUACCAAUUAAGGUUUUUCACUACAGUUGAUCAAAAUAAAUAGUUCAGUUGAAAUACUUCCCAUGUCUAGAAUGCAUGUAUAUGCCCAGUGGACUUCCAUCCUCAUCAGCUCCUCUCAUCACCGCUUGAAACUGAUUGAGCAAGUAUUAGUAGUUUGGACCCAAAGCAAAGGAAAGCAUUAAAUGAUACUUCCGACCUCUUAAAGAAAAGACAAGUUUGCAUGAAAUUUACACAUUCCAUGUAAAAAAGAAAAGCCAUAUUUGCUUUUAAAAAGUUAUUGAGUCUCAUUAAGAUUCAAAAUUGUGGUGAAAAGCCUUAAUUACUAAAUGUUAAAGCAGCGAUAAUGUAAUUUUUGUUAGUGUUCGUGUUUUGCACAGAAUAAUUGCAGUUAUAGGUGAGUUGAAGAGUAGUCAUUGCUUUUAUCACAUUUGUGAAGUUGAUGAAGGCAAGGUUUUGUCUGUCUGUCUGUCUAAUUUGUGUAUGUAUAAAGAUAUUUGGAAAUCUUUACAGAAAUUAAACAUAUAUGCAAAUUUGUACAUAAAGUAGCAUGAACAUCAUUACUAGAUGCUUGUAAGUGAAAGGGUUGUCUUUUUUGAAAUCAUAUAUCUAGAACAAAAACAUCCAGCUGGACUGACUAGGACCCUUUUGUAAUGCUUUGUGUAGCCCAUUUUUUAUAGUUACACAUCAGCUUUAAUACCAUCAUAGACAUCAGUCCAUAUUUUCCCAUGUUGUACACCCUUUUCAUACCGGGCUUGUUUGCGAGGUCUCUGUAAAGUACCCUGUGAACAAGGAAACAUAACUCACAGAGAAUUUUUUUUUUUUUUUUUUUUUACUGGCACUGAAAGUUCCCACUAGGAUGAAGCAUUUCAUCUCCUUCCUAACUCCUCUUUGACUGCACUUCAGCAAGUUGUUCUUACAUGCACUGUGUAGCAACUUCCAUGAUGAUCAAGCAGACAAGGGCUCGAAGCUGCUGCUCACAUUACAACACAGUUCUUCUCAUAUGCUCAGAAAAUACUUUAUCACUGAACCCAAGUGUUUAUCUAAAUGUCAACAGUACUUCUAAGAGCAUUGCCUGUCACCUUGGUCUUUGGUCUUGGAUAAUAAAACUGCCUUUCCAGAGAACCAAAUGUCAGAGAUACUAGACCAAAUAGUGGUUACAAUUCCAAAGGACAUAAUGUAGUCUUACUCAUAAUGGGAUUAACAUUUUAGACAUUCAUUUUAAACACUACCUCAGUUAACAUAGAGUAUAAAAUCUGUGGUUUCAUCCCUCAAAAGUAAACAAUAACUAAUUUGUUUGUUUUUCAUCACACAAAACUAUCCCCAUCCUUGCGCACCUAAGUCAGCCAUCCUGAAAUGAAGGCUGUGCCUAGUGUCCUAAGCAGGUGUUUUGUUUUGACUUUUGACUGUUACUUUGAAAGGGGUGUGUGUGUGUGUGUGUGUGUGUGUGUGUGUGUGUGUGUGUGUGUGUGUGAGAGAGAGAGAGAGAGAGAGAGAGAGAGAGAGAGAGAGAGAGAGAGAUCGAUCAUAUCUGCCUAUAGCACUUACUUUGGGAAGAUAUCAGAGCUUUGUGAUUUUCAGUAUAUUGGAGGAAAUUGUCAAUGCUUAAAUUUAUAGUGCUGUCUGGUUUAACCAUGGUUUCACCAAGACGUGUAAUACAUUUCCUUUAAGUACUUACUUGUAUAAAAGUAGACUUUCAUGAUGAAAACUACAUGCAGUGCCAAGUGAUUAGCAUAGGUGUUUAAGACUAUUAAAUUAUAGCAGAAAAGGUUAGGAAUGAUGUCAAUGGUAAUAGAAAUCAUUGAGAAAGUUAUCUAUAAAUAAUAGAUAUUACCAAAAUAAUGUCAAUACUGUAGUUUUUCAAGAGUUUAGAAUUAAUCUUAGUCAUAUAAAUUUGUACUAUUGGUAAUUAUUUAAUAAUUUGGAAGGGUUUGAAUAGUUAAGCUGGUUGUAAACUGUGAAUUUCUAAUUGUAAAUUGUCAUUUCUAAUUGAAUUUUUUUCAAGAACAGAUUUCAGUUUCACCUACUAAAUAAAUACUGACAAAUGAGAAAUUUAGUAUUUAUAAGGAAAUAGGCUCUAAAAUUUCUUAGCCUUUUCUUUUCUGUUUGUGCUUAGGGUGUAUUGGAGGAGAAAGUGUUCUCCCUAACUUAAGUGUUUCUAAUACAGAGAAAUGAAUAGACAUCCCGUAAGACAGUGGUUUUACAAGGCUGUUAGAAAGUGCGGACAUUGUUGCUGUGGUGACGUAUCCAAGUCCUAGGAGCAGUGGCUUCAGCAGCAUUCUACUCUUGUCCAGAGCUUGAGGUGGUUAACACUGGAUUCCAUGUCACCAUGGCCAAGUAUUCAAAGUGGGAUGUCACUGUUCAUUUAAACUUGUCUACUGCUAUUUAUAACCUUUUUAUUUCAUUCCUUUCAGAGGAUGCCUUUUAUGCCCCAUAUCAAAGCACAGAUCAUUAAGCAAUAAGAAACAAAAUUGUCUGUCAUUCAAAUUAUAAUUGCGAUUAUUCUCGUGUGGUAAGAGUGAGGUGCUAAUUUUGUGUGAGAAGAAUUUGUGACCACUUUGGAAAUGUAUUCUGGAAGUAAGGUUUUUUUUGUCCCUCCUUUAGACUUUUACUUCCAUUUUGUCUCAGAUUCACAGUCCAUGAAAGAAAAGUAGAAUUGUUUGAAAGACUUCUAAGAAAAGCUGCUUGCAAUGAACAUUUCAGAUUUUCCUAAGUGUGGGCUGGCAAAGGGCUCCAUUUUCUCCAUAUUGACAGAGUCUAUUGUUCCCAUCUUAACUUCAAGAGUGUCACUACCCCGAGUCCCACAUCCAAACGUGCCCGUGAACUUGAGGGCAGUGCUUACGAAGGACACACAAGUCUGCGCGAGGCUUUGCAGGAGCCAUUGUCUUUUCAUGACAGGUCCCCAGGGGGUUCAUUUCUAGCACAUUUGUAUGACUCACCGAAUGUGGGACUCCUCCUCUUUGGAGUAUUUUUAUAGUUAGGUGGAUGACUGCCACAGAUGCAUGGAUUGCACAUUCUGACUCGAUAAGAUACUUAAUGUGAAAAUUUAUGCCAAAAAGGAAACAUACCUUACAACUUUCCCAUUUAACUAAGCUGGUCUAGCACAAAAUGCUAACUAAGUCUUGGGGCAGAGAGGGAGUAGUGAAAAUUUUUUAUGUAUGAUUGUUGAAAACUCUUCCAUUACUGGCCUGUCAGAAACCCUAACAAUGCAUUGUGAAACAAAUGAUGGAAAUUCAGUUAGCUUUGAAAAGUGGUAAGGGAUCGAGAAGAGAAUCUCAGACUCAGUGCUCUCUGACCACAUGACCUUUUUUUAUUUAGUAAUACGCUGCUACAUUUUUGGAGGUUCUAGUGUUUGUAGGUCACUGAACAGACAUUGAAAUCUGAUUUAUAUUGUAUAACUGUAACAUAGAAAGAAAAAGUAUUUAUAUAUUUUCCUUAAGAAUAUUUCAUUGAGUUGUGUAUAAUUUAAAUAAGAUUUGUCCCCAAAUGGUUUUGCUCACCUUGAUUUUUUUCGUUGUUGUUGUUGUGGUUUUAUUGUUUUUGUAUAAUGUGUACAGUUUAUGUUAAGGGCAUUAAAGCCUCCUGAAACAUAAUCUUAUCAAAGGGAUUCAUUCUUAAUAAAAUGUACUUAAAAUUCUUAAA